CGCUCCCUCGCGAACCCCUCGACAACCCUAAAACCCUUUCCCCCCAAAACCCCCUCUGUUCGAAGUAAAAAAGCGCGGGUUCUUCUGCACUUCCCAUUCUCUCAUUUCCCUUCCAAGGGUUUCCUGAAACCCGAGAAGGAAGAAAAUGGCAAGCACUGCGGCGAGCACAAAGUCCGUCGAUGAGUCUCUGUGGUGGGACCCAUUCUCCAUUCUACUCAACGAUCUUGAAAACGCCCCUCUCUCUCCCUCCUCCGAACUUCCUUCCUCUCUGGCAAAUAAGCUGAAGAGACAUCAUGCCUGGUUAUUGGAUUCCAUCGCUUUAUUCAAGCCUCCAAAUCAGACGUCCAAGUCGGCUCUGGACUCUUCUGAAAUUGCCAUCGGUUCACAUCGGUUGGUUGUGAAGUCUAAAUUGAAAGCAGUAGCUCUUGAAGUUAGCUCAUGUGCUUGUUUAGAUGAGGUGCAAUCAUACAUCCUUGUCACUAGGUCUAUCGAUUGCAAUCAUUUGGAUUCGGAUUACAAAGUGAAAGAAUUUCUUCAUUUGAUACUGCUUCAAUAUUACCUUGAGCGACAGUGUUUGCUGAAGUGUGUCAGGCAAAUUCUCCUGCAUGCCUUAUAUAUUGGAAAUGAAUCUCUUGAAGGCAAUUCAACCGAAGAAGAGGUGUUGCAGUUAGUUAAUGAUGGACUGGAAAGGAACUUAUUGUCUGUUCUCCAGGACCUUCUUUCGUCCAAGCAUCCAGAACAUAUGGAAGUUGACCUUGCCAUUUUGUGGGCGGAGGAGAUUUUGAUCGAAGUUAAUUUGCUAUUGGAUAUUCUAUUUCUUGUUUAUUAUGAGACCUUUUGCACUUGCAAGGGUGAGCAAUGGAAAAGGUUAUGCUCGCUUUUCAAGGGAAUGUUGUCUAAUUCUUUAAGCAUUGAAAGGCUGGCCAUAUCAAUUGAAGCGACAAGUUCUUUAUACUAUGCCAAAGUUCAGCUACUUCUUAUUCUUAUCGAGACCCUGGACCUGGACAAUCUUCUCCGAAUGGUUCACGAUGAAGUGCCAUUCAGGCAAGGUCAUUCUACAUUUUCCUUGGCGGAUUUCCAAGAGAUGGAUGCUAUAGUUUCAAGUUUCAAUGCUUUGGAAACAGCAGAAGCAGGGCCUUUGAUUCUUGCAUGGGCAGUUUUCCUUUGUCUAAUUUCAUCUCUCCCAGAGAAACAAGAUUGCAGUACUCUAGUGGAGAUCGAUCACAUAGCUUAUGUUCGCCAGGCCUUUGAAGCUACACCACUAAGUUAUUUCCUUGAGAUUCUUUACAACGAUGUUUUGAGGGAUUCAGAUAGCCACAUUGCUGGUUAUCGAAGUGUUCUCAGAACAUUUAUUUCUGCAUUUAUUGCGUCGUAUGAGAUUACCCACCAGCUGGAAGGGAAUACCUUUGAGCAGAUACUGGAUAUCCUUUGUAUGAUCUACCGUGGAGAGGAGUCACUUUGCAUGCAAUUUUGGGACAAAAAUAGUUUUGUCGACGGUCCAAUUCGUUGUCUCCUUUGCUCCUUGGAGAGCGAAUUCCCAUUUCGAACAGUUGAACUCGUUCGCUUAUUGUCUGCUCUUUGUGAAGGAACUUGGCCUGCAGAAUGUGUGUAUAAUUUUUUAGAUAAGAUGGUUGGUAUGACAUCCUUAUUUGAGAUCCCUGGCGAUUCCUGUGCCAACAUCUCCCAGAUUGUCGUGACACCCAAUCCAAUGCAUGUCCCUGGGGUCGAAGGCCUGCUCAUUCCUCGUGGAACCUGUGGUCAUGUUUUGAGAGUCUUGGAUGGAAAAAAUGCUCUCAUUCGUUGGGAGUAUAUGCAAUCUGGAAUAUUUUUGCUGCUGUUGCGUUUGGUACAAGAGUAUAAUUUGAACAGUUAUGAGGAUGUCUUCGUUACUGUUGACCUUCUUUGUCGGAUGGUGUUGUUCAACAAGGCCUUGUGUUUUGCUUUAAUGGACAUUGACAACUCAUUAUCCGUGAAAGCAGCUCGAAUGGAUGGAAACAUGGAGACGAAUAUUUGUGUUGAUGUGGUCAAGAUCAUUUGCUCCUUGGUCAGCAAUUUGGAACCUAAUGUUAGCAAUGCAGGAGUGAUGUCCACAUGCAUUAGCAUUUUGACAAAUUUUCUGAAUUGUGCACCUUCUCAUGUUGUUGUGGUGGCCUUGAAGACAAAUAUCUUUGGUUUAGGAACCAAAUCAUCAAGUAGCACGUGGCUGCUCUCAGGGGGGCUUGCAAGAAUGCUGUUAUAUGACUGUGAGCAAAAUGGGGAAUGCUGCUCAUUGACUAUUUCAGUUCUGGACUUCACUAUGCAGCUUGUGGAAACUGGAGUAGAGGAUGAUAUGGUGUCUGCACUUGUUGUAUUUUCUCUGCAGUAUGUCUUUGUUAAUCACGAGCACUGGAAAUACAAGUUGAAACAUGUUCGAUGGAAAGUGACACUGAAGGUUCUGGAAGUCAUGAAGAAAUGCAUUAAAUCAGUCCAGAAUUCACAAAAGCUAGGUUGCCUUAUCUGGGAUAUUUUACUUGGUGACUCUUCUAUUCACAGCGCACUAUGUCGAAUCAUGUGCAUAAGAACUGAAACAUUGGAGAGAAUAUACAUUAGCCGUCUUUAUGACUUGAAGGAGAUUGAAGGUUUGCAGCUUGCAGUAUGUUCUGUGCUAGAUAUUGUGUCGUCUGUACUUGCUGAUCUUUCGAAGGAUUUUGUUUCUGGUCUGCCUGCCUUUCACCAAGCAAUGUUGUCAUCUACCACGAAGCCGGUUCCUGUAGUUACAGCAAUGAUAUCAUUGAUCUCCUUAUUCCGUAAUCCUGAAAUACAAGUUGCUGCUGCUAGAGUUCUUUCGAUGUUAUGUAUUAUCGCAGAGAAGGCACAGUCAUACUCAUAUGGAGAUGUCUGCCUUGUUUCUGAUGAUUCUCAGAUUAGGGAUUUAACAACUUCCAUUUCUCAGAUUUUGUCUGAGGAAACAAUAAGAAAAAAUGAUCUGCUUGUUGCUGUACUGGCAUUGCUCACAUCCGCAGCACAUUAUCAGCCGGCUUUCCUCAUUUCUAUCAUGUCCACAAAGGAGAACGUGGAGGUAUCCACAAGAAAGGACAAUUUGGAAGCUUCUUUUGGAUCAUCAAGGUUGAAGAAAACAAGUCUUAUUCAAUCUCUUCUGCAAUAUGUCGAGAGAUCUGAGGAUCUUAUUGCUAGCCAUCCUCGUUUACUGCUGAAUGUCCUUAACUUCCUGAAGGCAUUGUGGCAAGGGGCUGCCCAGUAUAUGCAGAUCUUGGAUAGACUGAAAAACUCAGAGAAGUUCUGGAAACAUCUGUUGUCUUCUAUCUUGACAUUUUCUGUCAAUGAAGCUUCUUCACUUGAAAAUAUGAAAGGUGAUGAGACUUUACAAGUGGCAUACAGAUAUCAAUGUCAGUCUGCAGUUUUAGAGAUUGUGGCACAUGAAAUGUUUCUGCAAAAGAAAUUGUUACAUGGGAAGAAGCCUGAAAAGAAGUCAUCCAAAUCAUCCGAAGGGAGGAUUGAAAACACAGUUAAUAUUGAAAAGGAAAAAUUUGAUAGUCUACAUGAUCUUAUGGCUAUGUUAUCGAACUGGUGUGAGCACUCUGUCAUGGAAAAUCUUGUCAGAUUAUAUGCGUCUGGUGGAUAUGAUAGGGAGACUGUUGGCCAUGCUAAGAUGGCUGCAAGUCUGUGUAUUGUACAUGCAAUGGAGAGAAUAUCAAUUGGCGAUGAUGGGAGCUUGUCACUAUCAUUAGUUGAAAAGAUCAAUAAAAUAUUCAAAAAGUUGACCGAACAACCUGCGUUUUCUGAGCUAAAAGCCCAAUACUCAUCGAGGGGUUACAGUGAGGGAAAGGAGUUGAGCUCUUUAAUACUCAGUGAUCUCUAUUAUCAUCUACAAGGGGAACUGGAAGGCCGAGAAAUCGCACCUGGUCCUUUUAAGGAGCUUUCGCUACACCUACUUCAGUCAGAAAUUUUGCAGACUAACAAGAAGAAGAUCAACAUGGAAUUCUGCCUGUCAGAGAACAAUAUCCAUCUGUUUAACCCUGUGCAACUACGAGCAGAUCUGGGAUUGAAUUUUUGGGAUCAUUCAGAUUGGAAGGCAUUUAAACCUGUUGCCGAAAGAAUGUUGGUGUACAUGCAUGAUGCAAAUUCAUUGGCUUUUCUGAUGGAUUCCAAGCAUUCUUCUUUGAAAGCGCUUGCAGCCACCUUAUCUUUGUAUGAAGGAAAUUUAACUGAGACAGAGACAGGAUCACUUGGUGGGGGGAUCAGUGAGCCACUCAUGGAAUCAUGCAUUAGUUACCUAUGUAAAUGUUUGCAGUCAACGGCAGAAUCAUUAGUUUCAGCUCCGGAUGCAUCUGAGGAUAUACUGAACUAUCUCACAACUCAAGGGGAAUUACUGCUCAAUCUUCUCAGGUUUUUAUACAGAAGAGUUUCAGUGAGAAACAACAAGCAGCAGUGCUUACCACUUUGUACACUUGUCAUGAGAACUUCAGGCCCAGGCCUUCGUGUGCUGAGUGAUAUUCGGCCAUCUACUCCUCAGCUCAAGAAAACAGUGAAACUCUUCCUUACCUUGCUUCUGACAGCAAUCGAAUUCAGUUACCCGAAAUCACAUGUAGAAGAAAAGUCACAUUCAGAUGCUGUUGAUGCAUUUGCUGAGGUGUCUCUUGUGAGUCUGGCGGUGUUGCCUGUUCUUUGCAACUUCAUUGAGAUUUCUGAAUACUGUAACCUCUCUGCGGCUGCAAUUGACAUGCUGUUGAAAGGUUUCUCGACAUAUAAUACCUGGUUGCCCAUCCUACAGAAGCAUCUGCAGCUCCAUAAUGUUCUAUCGAAGCUUCUACAGAAGGAUUCUCUUGUUUCCAUUCCCAUAAUUUUGAGAUUCCUUUUGACCCUUGCACGCAUCAGAGGAGGUGCUGAGAUGCUUCAAACCAUCAAUCUGUUUUCAUCUCUAAAGGUGUUGUUUGCUCUCUUAUUGGAUGACAAGCCUUUUCCAAAUGGUCAAGAAGAAAGUGACAAAGAAGAAAACCCUCAUAACAUAUGGGGACUAGGGCUGGCUAUUGUCAGCGCUAUGAUUUGCUCUUUGGGGGACGAUCCAUCUUGUAUCGAUAUUGUGGAGAGCGUGAUUCCUUACUUUUCCGAGAAAUCGUAUUUGAUAUUCUUCUAUCUUUCCGCACCAGACGUCCCGACUGACGAUCAUAGCAAGAAGAGAGCCCGAACUCAGAGGGUACUAACCUCUCUAACAGCACUGAGAGAAACAGAGCACACCCUCAUGCUUAUCUGCAUGCUCGUGAAACAUCAGCACUCAUGGAGUAAAGCCAUGAAAGAAAUGGAUUCACAACUAAGAGAGAGAAGUAUUCAUCUUUUAGCUUUUAUAAGCAAGGGACCUCAUCGCAUUGGAGAAUCUCCACGUAGGACUGCACCUCUCUUAUGUCCUCCGAUAUUAAAAGAGGAGGUCGAAUCUAAUGGAAGACCGCCAUCCAUUGACAGCAAACAUGGUUGGUUUAUUCUUUCUGCUCUUGGUUGUGGGUCUGAACCUCCCAUCUCUUCAGUUUCAAGCACGGCCUUGUCUCUCCCAAUCAAGGAUCGAGCAAGUGGAAGAGCUGAUUCAAUCCAUAGAACAUACUUCACUGAUUCUGUUGCUAUACAGACCUACAGAAUUGCUUUUCUUAUUUUGAAGUUUCUGUGUCUGCAAGCUAAGGCAGCAGCUAAAAGGGCAGAGGAGGUGGGAUUCAUUGAUCUUGCGCAUUUUCCUGAGCUUCCCAUGCCUGAGAUUCUGCAUGGCUUACAGGACCAGGCCAUCGCUAUUAUUACUGAGCUAUGUGAAGCCAACAAGUCAAAAGCAAUUCAGCCCAAUAUUCAGGAUUUGUGUUUGAUGCUGCUGCAAGCAUUGGAGAUGGCAUUGUACUUGGAAACGUGUGUGUCCCAGACAUGCGGAAUCAGACCCGUAUUAGGACGCAUUGAAGACUUUUCGAAGGAAAUCAAAGCAUUGAUACAAGUGGCAGAGAAGCAUGCAUAUUUAAAAGCAACCCUCAAGUCAUUGAAACAGAUAAUAGCACUUCUGUACCCAGGAUUGCUGCAAACUGAGGGUAUCAUGUGAUACUAGUGUAUGUGAUCCAUCCUACUCUGUAACAUUUAAUUGAGUGAAAUAUCUGUUUCUUGUCAA